UGGAAGAGAGAGAGGGAGGAAAAAAAGAAAACUACAUUGAGUGAUCAGCGAAGCCGUGCAUGACAGUAUUACUGUCAGAUUAAACAGACAUCAAUAUCCAAGAUCAGCCUCGGAACCAUCAAAUGUCUGGAUGCCGACAUUAAGACAGAGCACAUCAAGCUAGCCUAAAAUGACCGAUGUGGUGACCCCUGACCUGUAAAUGGCUUCCAGAGUAAGAGAUGCUGUAGUUUGGUACCAGAAGAAGAUUGGGGCCUACGAUCAACAGAUAUGGGAGAAGUCUGUAGAGCAAAGAGAAAUAAAGUUUAUUAGACUGGGCCUGAGGAACAAGCCAAAGAAGACUGGCCAUGUGAAGCCAGACCUCAUCGAUGUGGACUUAGUAAGAGGCUCUGCGUUUGCGAAGGCCAAGCCUGAGAGCCCCUGGACCUCCCUGACCCGGAAGGGCAUCGUGAGGGUGGUCUUCUUCCCGUUCUUCUUCAGAUGGUGGAUCCAGGUCACCUCCAGGGCCAUCUUCCUCCUGCUCUUCAUCCUUUACCUCCUGCAAGUGAUUGCGGCCGUGUUGUUUUUCUCCGUCCGCUCCACCCGGGGGAUCCCUGUCACUGAGGUCUUCGGGGCCAUAUGGCUGAUGCUGCUUCUGGGGACGGUGCACUGCCAGAUAGUGUCCACCCGAACCCCCAAACCCACCCCCAGCAGCGGGGGCAAGAGGAGAAGGAAGUUAAGGAGGGCAGCUCAAAUGGAGGUGCAUAGGGAAGGAGAUGGCUCUAGCACUACAGAUAACACACAGGAGGGGGCGCUGCGCUUCUCCGGGCCCGCAUCUACUCACAGCCUUGCUGCUUUCUUCAGAGAGUUCUGGCAUGAUAUCUUUAAACCAGGGUCCAAGAAGUCCAAGAUGUCCAUCGACAAGUCGACGGAGACGGACAACGGCUACGUGUCCCUGGACGGGCGGGUGACCAGCAAGAGCAGUGAGGAGGGUCUACAGCUGCACGAGCCGCUCUGUGACCUGCUGCACUUGGAGGAGACCUGCUGGAACCCCGCCCCGCCCCAAAACAACCUGCUGCUGCCCCCCAUCGGCAAGGAGCCCCCCAGCCCCCGCAGUGUGGAGAACCUGUCGGACGAGGCAUCGAGCGAGGAGGACCCCGAGGCCACGUACAGCGUGAUCCGCCGCGGCGUGGAGCGUAUGAACAGCGACUGCACGCUCCGCAACAGGAAGCCCCAUCACUACAAGAAGCACUACACCGCCGAGGAGACGCCCAAGUCGGGCACGAGCUGCAGCUCGCGCUGCUCCAGCCUGCGGCAGGACUCGGAGAGCACGCGGCACGAGUCGGAGACGGAGGACGUGCUGUGGGAGGACUUCCUGCAUUGCGCAGAGUGCCGCUCCUCCUGCACCAGCGAGACCGAGGGCGAGAACAACGCCGUGUGCCCCGCCCCCAAGAAGGAGUACCGCGACGACCCCUUCCACCAGGGUCACGUGCCCUGGCUGCACAGCUCGAACCCGGGCCUGGAGAGGGUGAGCGCCAUCGUGUGGGAGGGCAACGAGUGCAAGAAGGCCGACAUGUCCGUGCUGGAGAUCAGCGGCAUGAUCAUGAACAGGGUAAAUCUCUACACCCCUGGGAUCGGGUACCAGAUAUUUGGGAACCUGGUGACGGUGGUUUUGGGUCUGACGCCCUUCGCCUACAGACUGUCUCAGUACAAAGACCUGGACCAGCUGACCACGCUCUCGGCCCGCGAGCUGGUGUCCAUCGCAUUCGGCUCCAGCUCUGACUUCAUGCUCAUCACCAUGGUGACCAUCAGCUUCGUGGUGCGGGUGUGCCUCAUCUGGCUCUUCUUCUUCCUGCUCAGCGUGGCAGAGAGGACCUACAAGCAGCGGCUCCUCUUUGCCAAGCUCUUUGGCCACCUGACGUCUGCCAGGAGAGCCAGGAAGUCGGAGGUCCCGCACUUCCGUCUGAAGAAGGUGCAGAACAUUAAGAUGUGGCUGUCCCUGCGCUCGUACCUGAAGAGGAGGGGCCCUCAGCGCUCGGUGGAUGUCAUCGUGUCCUCGGCGUUUCUGCUCACGCUCUCUGUAGUGGUCAUCUGCUGCGCCCAGCUGCUCCACGUGCAUGAGACCUUCCUGGACUGUCACUACAACUGGGAGCUGGCCAUCUGGUGUGCUUCGCUGUCCCUCUUCCUGCUGCGGUUUGUUACCCUGGGGUCCGAGACCAGCAAGAAGUACAGCAACACCUCCAUCCUACUGACAGAGCAGAUAAAUCUGUACCUGAAAAUGGAGAAGAAACCAAAUAAAAAAGAAGAACUGACCCUGGUCAACAACGUGCUGAAGCUGGCCACCAAACUGCUGAAGGAGCUGGACACCCCCUUCAGACUGUACGGCCUGACAAUGAACCCCCUCCUCUACAACAUCACGCAGGUGGUGAUUCUGUCCGCAGUGUCGGGGGUCAUCAGCGACCUGCUGGGUUUUAAUCUGAAGCUCUGGAAGAUUAAGUCAUGACAAGAGGCUAUGAGAAAACAGCACGCCCUCAUGAAGGGAUGACACACACUCCGACCAGAGGGGGGCGCUGUUGAGACUGACUACAGGCUCUCUGACAAUGGACUGUGGCCCUUUCUCAGACAUAUCGAAGUGCUUACAUUUCAUGUACUUGUGCAAUUCAGAUAUUUAUUUUACCCUUUCAGUGUUUUAGUUUUUUGCCUUUGUUUUUAGUGAUAUGUUUUAAUUGAAAGUAUUAUUUUAGCUACAGGUAUGUGUUCUCAGAUGGGGUGAUCAAUUGGCCAGGUGACAUUCAAGUGGAAACAGUGUAAAUGGAGAUAAAUUGAAGAGUUGUGGCACUUUUGUGUAUGUGUGUAUAUGCGUGCAUGAGCAUACUUAUGUACGCAUUGUAUAUUAUCCAGCUCUUCAAAGAAUCACAUUUGUUAGGGUAGACGUAGUCGGUUCACUGUGAACACUACAGGAAGUUGUGGACUGUCACAUCACAUACUCAUCACAUGAUAAAGAGACGGUGCGCGUGGGGGGGGGGGGGGGGGGGGGGGCUGCAGUCACGCACUGGGUAGAAAUACUGCAGAGGCUCAACCAGUCACAACCCAUCCGUCUACUGAAGCUUCAGUGCUGUCUGCUCUCAGAACAACAGCACACCAAAGCUCAGACUGUAAACACCAGAUACUGUUUUUACACACCGUGCAUGUGUGCGAGCGUGCACACCCUCGCACCUGCGCACACAUGCGUGCACGUGCACACACACGCAUACGCAUUUCGGCGAAACGGCAGCUGUUCGGACGUGAGGCUGGACGGUGUGUGUGUGACGGCCUCGCCGCGUUAGCAGUGCGCACCACACCCGCAACCAAACUGACAUUUAGAGGGAACGAGUUCUCUACACUGCAGUCACCCUGUGUGUAGCUGUUGGCAUGGAUACUGGCAGUAAGAAACUGGGCAGGUUUCUUCUCUGGCUCUCUGUGUACCCUCUCUCUCUCUCUCCCUCUCUCUCUCCCUCUCUCUCCUUCUCUC